UUCUGAUUCGAUUCGGAUUCCCUUGCUUGCGGGCCAAGUUAUCCAUAAAUACAAAGGUCCGAGCCCACGAGCAACGAAUAAAACUAGCGAGAAAGAGCCCUUCCCCCCACGUUCUCAUCAAAGGGGGGAAACAUCUAACAGAUGGAGUUCGGUCGGCGCCGGAGGAGGGUGUCGAUGAGGAUGCUGCCGCUGCUGGCGCUACACGUAGCCUACGAGUACCGGCGCGCAGUUUGGAAGCCGCCCGUGACCGCGGGCUUGUUGCUCGCCAAUACGCUCGUCUACCUCCGGCCUGGGGCUCUUCACCAUACCCUCCCCACCAUAGAUCGUGUCUUCUUCAACCCCCAUCUCAUCCUUAAGUAUGGGGAUGCCAAGCGAUUCUUUUUGUCGCCAUUUUACCACAUUGAUGAUUCACACCUGGUUUGCAAUAUGAUGUCCCUCCUAUGGAAGGGGAUCCAGCUGGAGACAUCGAUGGGCAGCAUCGAGUUUGCAUCCAUGGUUACGGCAUUAGUUGGUAUUUCCCAGGGUAUCACCCUACUAUUAGCAAAAGCUUUACUCAUCUUCUUUGGUUAUGAGGAUGCCUACUACAACCACUACUCAGUUGGUUUCUCUGGUGUUCUCUUUGCAAUGAAGAUGGUUCUAAAUUCUCAGGCUGAUAGCCCAACUAACGUACACGGGCUUAUAAUUCCUGCACGAUAUGCUGCUUGGGCUGAGUUGAUCCUCAUCCAGAUGUUUGUUCCAAGAGCGUCUUUCCUUGGUCAUUUAGGUGGUAUAUUAGCUGGUCUUCUGUAUCUUCAAUGGAGACGGGCUCACUCAGGCUCUGAUCCAUUAUCAGCUCUGUUUUGGAAAGUUUUCAGAAUAGUAAGCUGGCCUCUUAGGUUUAUGCGAGGUUUAUUCGGGUUCCGGCAAGGGCGAGUAUUAGGUAGGGGAAGAGUUGGAACGAGCCAGUUUGAGAGAGGGUUACAUGGGGUGUGGAGGUGCAAUUUAUGUACAUAUGACAAUUCAGUAUUGACUGAUGUGUGCGAGAUGUGCAGCACUGAAAGAGGUGGUUAUGGCUUCUCAUCAGGAUUUCAACAAUCUAACAGGACCAGUGACUUAUCAGUGGAAGAGCUUCGUCGUCGCAGACUACAAAGAUUUGAUCGAUAGAUAGAAUGUCAUAGACUGUGACUUCUUAGACACAUGAACGUAGAUAAUGCAAAGGGUCAGUCAAUUAUAUAGAAUGGUUUGUUAUUUGUUGAACUUUCUCCAAUGCUUCGUUGUAAAACCCAAAAAUAUUUUCCAGAGGAAGGAAUGGUAAAAUAAAGGCCAAGUUAGAUAAAUUUUCAUU